CUGAUUAACACAGAAUAAAUUGUCAUCUUAAAGCAAAAGAAAAUUAAUUGUCAGAGAAAGCAGCAAUUACAUGUUUUUGAUGUUAAAAUCCCUUCUUUUUAUGGGUAGAUAAUUUCCUAACAGUGUUCUUGUAUCUUAUAAUCAAGACUUGGUUAUGUUUAAGACCUUGACCUUCAUGGAGGUGGACGUGUUUCUCGGGAGUGCUGCUCAGUGCUUGGAAUCUAAGGACUGCUUUCAAUUGGUGUCUCCUAUGAUAGGUAUAUAGUCGGAGGUUAGUGUAAGUGUGCGUCAAUUGUCUACUCUAAUGAAUUUUGGUACUCCGUCUCCCUCGAAACCACCAAAAAAGAAAAAACAGAAAACCAAAUCACAAGUCAAGAUGGCUGCCGCUCAAGGACAGGGACAAGGACAAGGACAAGCACAGUGCCAAGGUACGACUCCCAUUUCUAAUCCAUCAUGUAGUCCCAUGCAGCAUAUUAUUCAAGUCGCCAACGAAACAUACCACCAAAUGCAGCCGAUGCAACAUAUACAACCUAUGCAAGCUAUGCAGUGCUCUACAUCAUUUCAAAACCACCCUAACUCAACCUAUUCGAACACUCCGAACACUUCACAUAUCCCCCCACCGUGGGCCCAAGAUAUUUCCCUACAAAUUCAGAGUGUACAUAAAAAACUUGAAAAGCUUGAUUCCAUUGAAACUUCCCUCUCCCGCAUGCAGGGCGAACUUAAUAGUCUGAGCACCCGUGUCUUAGAAGUAGAGAAAAGUCAACAAUUUAUUUCAAACUCUUACGAUGAAAGCACAAAAACCAAUGCUAUAGCCCUUAAUGAGCUUGACAAUCUCAAAACUUCACUUGAAGACUCAAUAAGAGCCAACAAUCAAUUAAGCGAGGAAAUUCUUGACCUCCAGUGCCGAUCUAUGCGGGAUAAUUUGUUGUUCUACGGGGUGGCUGAGGCCCUAAGGGGGGAAAUGGAAGACUGUGAAAAAAUUGUUCUUGAUAUAUGUCGUUCCUCUCUGAAUAUAACAGAUGAUGUUCUAAUUGAAAGAGCUCACAGAAUCGGCAGACCCAAUGACAAUCGACCACGCCCUAUCGUAGCCAAAUUCUCCAGAUUUCCUCAACGCGAGGUCGUCAGAAAGUCGGCAUUCAAGCUCAAAGGUGCUAAUAUCUCGAUUGGUGAACAAUUCCCUAAAAUCAUCCAAGAGAGAAGAAAGAAACUGCUUCCAGUGAUGAAGGAGGCAAAAGAUAGGCAGCGAAAAGCGGUCCUCAUAAAGGAUAAGCUCUUUAUUGAUGGAAAACCAUACCACCCUCCAGCAACGGAAGAUGACCACUUGGACGCACCGGUACCGGCGCAGGGAGCUGAGGGCCAUAGUUCUCCGGGCGGACGCUGGGAGAGAAGGGAUACGAGAGGUGGCGGAAGGGGACGCAGGACUCGCUAAGGAGGUCAGGAGAACAACCUAAAGGACCUAAAAAUCAUAGGAUGGAAUAUCCACGGAGGCUUUGAAAAUAAAUGGAAAGAAAGAAACUUUAAGAACGUUUUGUGUACGUACGACAUAAUUUGUCUGUCCGAGUGUUGGAUCGACAAGGAAUUCACAAUGGACGAUCCAGAUUAUAAAGCAUAUAUCUUCCCUAGGAAAUCCAAAUCAACACAAGGAGGAGGCUCAAUUAUUCUGAUUAAAACUGAAUAUACCCCGUAUAUAUCUGUUGUUGAAUCCUUAUAUGAUACCAUAAUAUGGCUUAAGCUAAGCAAAAGUCUUGUAAAACUUCAGAAAGAUUUGUUUAUAGCCUUUACAUAUUUACCUCCUAGUAACUCUGUGUUUUUUAAAGAAAAUGAUGUAGAUUUAUUUUUUGAAUUAGAAAAACAUUUAUGUAAGUAUAUGGAUUUUGGUUAUGUGUUUCUAUUUGGGGAUUUUAACAGUAGAACAAAAAGUAAGCCUGAUUACAUUGAAAAUGAUGCUGUUCAUGAUUCUGUUUCCGUGUUGUCGUAUUCAAAUGACGAUCAGCUGACUGAGCGGAUCAACCCAGAUGUAGGUCACAACGAGUAUGGAACACGGCUAUUGUCCCUAUGUAAGGCCACAGGCGUGCGCAUUGUGAACGGGCGACACAAAGGAGGCUAUUCGAAUGACUUUACUUUUAACGGUGCACGUGGACUAAGCACUAUUGACUAUCUCUUAACAACAUCUGACAUGUUUGACACUAUUAGUAAAUAUAUCGUUGGCAAUUUUACAAUGUUUUCUGAUCAUGCUCCACUACAUAUUGAACUUCAUUGCUUUUUGGAUGCAUACAAUAUUGUAAACAAUGAUUUUUUAAGAUCCCGUGAUGUUUUUAAAUGGGAUCCUUGCUAUUUAGAACUGUGUAAAGAAUCACUUUUUGCAUGUGAAAAUAUCAGCAAUACCGUAAAUUUUGAGUGUAUUACGUCACAAGACGAACUUGACGAACGUCUACAAAUACUGGUUAAUUUGUUAGACUCCUCUUUUGGCCAACAUUUUAAGCUUCAAUCAAAAAAUCCGAAACAAACAAAUACAGUACGCAGUACCCAUAGACGUACAGUAUACCUAUCGGUUGACGAUAAGCCCUGGUUUGAUGGGAAAUUAAAAUCUUUGUAUAAGGAUUAUGUUGUCGCGUUGCGCAAAUUUAACAGUUAUAAAUGUAAUUCUAACCAUGCGGAUCUUUUAAGUAAAAAACGUAUCUACAAAAAACACGAAGCCAAAGCCAAACGUAUCUACAAAAAUACUGAAGGUGACCAAUUAUCUUUGUUAAAACAAAACAACCCAAAACAAUUUUUCGCCAAAUUUAAGAAAAGGUCUAAAACUAAUUCAAAUAUUUCUUUGGAAAAUUUUUACGAGCAUUUUAAAUCAAUUGCUUCCACGCAGGAUGACGGUGACAUCGAAAGUGGAAAUGAAGGUUUAGAUAUUAAUUGUAUUUUUGAAGAGCUAGAUAAAAACAUUAGUAUUGAUGAAAUUAAAGAGGCUAUCGGUAAUCUAAAGCCUGGAAAAUCCCACGGUGAAGAUGGAAUUUUGAACGAAUAUUUCAUUGAAUUUCAAGACUAUUUUUUACCUAUACUACAUAAUCUUUUUAAUUGUAUAUUAAAUACUGGUAUUUUUCCCAGUACGUGGUCUUCUUCAAUAAUUAUUCCAGUGUUUAAAAAGGGUGAUUCUACAGACCCUAACAACUACAGGGGUAUAAGUCUUGUUAGUAAUAUGUGUAAGUUAUUUGCUUCAAUUUUAAACAAAAGGUUAUUGGAAUGGUCAAAAUAUAAUGAUGUUAUAACGGAUGCGCAAUUUGGUUUUAAACCAAGCUGUGGAACACGUGAUGCUAUUUUUGCUUUACAUUCUAUUAUUAGUAACAGUCUAUGUAAAAAGAAGAGGUUAUAUUGUGCAUUCAUCGAUUUUAAAAAAGCGUUUGAUUCUAUUGAUAGACGACUUUUGUGGCUUAAACUUUCAAAGGUUGGCAUUGAAGGAAAAUUAUUGUCAAUUAUUAAAGCGUUAUAUAGUCAUGUGAAAUCCUGUAUUGGUGUUGAUGGAUUCUUAAGUGAAUAUUUUUGUAAUAACCUAGGAUUAAUGCAGGGCGAAGUGUUAUCACCUAUUUUAUUCAAUUUAUAUGUUAACGAUUUCGAAAUUAGCUUUUUAAAUGCCGGUUGUUUAUCUUACGAGUUAUCUUCCCUAAAUCUGUUUCUUUUAAUGUACGCUGAUGAUAUGGUCCUGUUCUCUGAAUCUGUGGAAGGUUUACUAUGUCUUUUGAAUGAACUACAUAGCUAUUGUAAUACUUGGAAAAUGCAUGUUAAUGCGGAAAAGUCAAAAAUUGUGGUUUUUAGAAACAAUGGCAGAGUUAAAGAUAGUGAGUGUUGGCAUAUUGGUAA